AACAAAAAAUAUUAGAACAAGCCUCAGUUUUUUUCUGGUGGAAUAUAGAUUGUCAUCAUGUCUUUUUUUGGACUCACACACCUUGGAUAUCAAAAUGUUGUCAAAGAAGCAUCAGUAAAAUCACAGCAGGAUCCAAUUAGAUCUAAAACACAGUUAGGAUAUUUAGCUCUCCCUCCACUGAAAGAUCACAUGCCAAUGCAAAAGUCCAUUAUUCCUAUCAAUGAUGUUUCACAGUAUGGAAAAGGCCCUGAUAGAUCAUACAAUGAAUAUGUUAGAUUACGAGCCAAGCAUGUAAGAAAUCCACUUUCACCACAUGAUAUUUAUCUGCGUCCAGCAACCACGGCCCAUGAUAUAGGAUGGUGGACAAAAGAUGAACCUUUAAGGCAAAACCACCCCUGGACCUAUGUACCUAGACGGGUGACAAUACAUAGUGAGAUGAGCAGAUUUGUGGAUGAAAUGAAAUUGACCAAUAGGCAGUUUACUUUGUUCUAGACUACAUAUCCUUCAAGACAUCAAAUAAAGCUUAUAAGGAGACUAAGCUGGGUUUUUUUUUUUUACUUAUCAUGUCUCUUGCAUUGCCAAAAAUUCUAAAAUCUUCACUAUUGUAAUUUUUACAUAACUUACAUUUUCAAUGGAUCUUUUUGUUUGUAGGUUUAAUUUUUGAAAACAAUUGAAUAUUCAGCAUUAAAUAUUGGAAAGAGCUGCCUAAUAAUUAAACCUAGGAAAAAGCACAUGGUGAUAUGCUUGCAGCAGUUAUCUUUUCUUGGAUAGAAUCUAGUCUCCCACUAUUAAGUUCUGCUAUUAUGGUUUCUUCAUUUUCACUCACCCAUCCAAAGUUGUGAUUUACAUUUGUACAUAAACUUUUGGCUUUGUGUGCGUGAUUCAUUUGUAUAUUUUGAAAAUAUGUGUGCUUCUUAAUAAGUCAAUUUUUCUUCAUGCAUUUAUUGUUUGAUACUCAGUAUACUGUGAUAUUAUAAUUAACAAUGAAUCCUGGCUAAUAAAUAAUUACAGAAUUUAAAGUCACUCAGAAUUAGAAAUAUUUUUUUCUUCUUUUAGAACACUUGCUCAUUUUAUUAAGCUGUUUUUUUUUUGUUAAGACUUUCCUUUUACAUAAUUAUGUUUGUAAAACAUGUAUUUUUGUCUAACACUAACAAAAAAAUUGUAUAUGCUUACUUGUAGAAAAAAAUCAAGUUAACAUAAACAGUUUAGCUGGUAAAUUAACAAGAGAAAUGUCUAUAUACCACCUGUGUUAAACCUUAUAGCCAAUGCUCAGGGCAAACUAUGCUUGUAUAUGUUGUGUGUUGACUAACAUAAUAAAACAGUUUUCACAUAA